AUGGAUGUACAACAAUCAUAUACUUUAGAGGAAGUAGCUCAACAUAAUAAACGUGACGAUCUCUGGAUGGUCAUCGACGGAAAGGUCUACAACUGCACAGAGUUUGUCGAUGAGCAUCCGGGUGGUGGUGAUUACAUCAUCGACAACGCCGGUAGAGAUGCAACUCUUGAGUUUAUCGAUGCCGGUCACAGCGAGAAAGCCAUUGCUUUGCUCAAGGACUUUUACAUUGGUGAAUGCUCGAAUGCCAAACACAUUGGUAAGCUUAAUGCACCAGCCACAGCAGCUACCUCUAAUGCUACCACUACAGAGAAAACAGAAUCAGAAUCAGUUUCAUCUUCACAAACUACAGAUAAUUCCACCAACAACAUCAGCACCAGAAAAUCAUCAUCAUCAACAUCAGAACCCACCAACAGUUAUUUAAUACCACUAAUCAUCAUUGGUGCUGUAGUAGUCGUAUCAGCAGUCAUAGCAAACAACAAUAUCAAUUCUAUUGAUAUCUACAGUGGUUCUUUCCACAGAGGAUUAUGGACGGUGGAGGAUUUAAAGCAAACUGGUUGGGAUUUUAAUUCGAUGAACGCAGAUGAGAAACAAAAAUUCAAUUUGUUAGUUCUCCAAAGAAUCUUGGACCAAAUGGCGCAACCAAGCCAACUUCGUAAACCAGUUUCCAAAAUUCCAUAUUAUGGACCAUACACUUCAUUCGUCAAUGACCCAUACAAGACCGAUCCUUAUACUGGAGCCUAUCAAAUCAAUCCAGUUUUGGGAGGUGACAAUUUCAUCUCUGGUCUCUUUGGCACUAGUGGUGGUCCACUUGGAGGUCGUUUCGGUGCCUCUGGUUUCAAUGGUGGUGGAUUGAUUGCUGGUGGAUACCCAGGUCAAUUCGUACUCUCAGCAAUCUUCCCUAACCAAUACAUGGCCAAUGGUCCAAUUGCCGGAUUGCUUACCGGUGACAUUAGAAACCCAAUUUAUGAUGCCACAAGACAUCCACCACCUUACAUUAGCACUGCUUAUGGUCCAUUAGCUCCAUAUCUCCAAAAAAGACAAGGUGGUGAUGGAUGGCAAAACUAA